GCACUCACUCAAAUCGAUUGCUCUUUGGCAAUGGCAUAAAUCAGCCGUUGCUUCACUCUUCGCUCAUAACUUAACGUAGUUAAAUAAGAUGGUUUUUCUUAAUUAUUCAUCACUUUGUGCUUAAUAUUUCGACGUCGUCUUCUACUACUUAUGAUUAUUACUUAUAUUUCUAGCCUAGUUCAUAAAUGACAUUGCGCUAUUCAAUGCCUUAAUCCCCUAUCAACGCGCUUUCGCAGCGAACUCGUGUAUAACCGUUGACUUGUCACAACGUUACAGUGGUUGCCCACAACUCAACGGCGACUUUAUGGUAUAUGUGGGGGAAGAAACGUGCGGUGCGCUUUAGGAGACACAACAACAAUACUACUAAUGUAACGACUAGCUGACUGCCUGUGGCGUCUGCAUUAUUGGAGCUGUUAUUACACGAGCACACUCCUCCGAUGAAACAGCCAGCCAGCCAUCCAAGCAUUCUACGUGCUCCGUGACUACCUACAUACGACAGAUGCAAUGUGAGCACUCUCUUGUGCUCUCUGCGGUCUACUGUUUAUCUGCCUUGGCUAGUGUGCCUUCAUUGCCUCGAAUUUGCAGCUACAAGCCGUAUACAUACAUAUAUUCAGAGAUAUUUGUGUAGUUGUACGCUUCCAAGUCGUUCAGCAGCGCAUGCAUUGGCCUUCCCCCAAAGCGUGUAUGUAACGUAACAUAUCUGAGUGUAUGUGUGUGCUGUAGUUGUCUACCGUAAGGCUGUUGAUUCUGUUAACGCACUGUUAUUGCUCUGUGCACUGUUCAGCCUUCCGCCUGCUUGCCGUCUGUCAAUUGAAAUCAGUCGGUUUGCCACAAUCAGCCGAACCAAACAGCCAUUUGACGGGUAGACUACAGUUCAGUUCACUGUGAACGUGAGAACCGUGUGGACGUGCUUCGAAAUAAACGCGGAACAUUUGUUUUCACCACAAACACUAAACGGCAACUAACUAGCUAGCUGGCUAGAGCUCUAUCUGUCUACAACAAACACAAAGCAAAGAGACUCUCACUUACAUGAAAAGCAAGAGCCAAACACACAGACUCACGGCAACAGCACAGUGGCAAACUGGAGAAGAACAACAGCAACAACAAAUACAAAUGUAUUACUAGCGUAUGAACGGUAGUAGUAAUGGCAACAGCUGAACUGUAACUGAACAACAUAAUCAUAAUUAAUUAAUUGUGUGUGUUGAUAACAAUAACUGCUACCACAACAACAGCAAGAAUAUGUUAAACGCAAAUUGUGUAAAUUUGUAAAUUUUGAAAAUAUUUUUUUGGACAAUUAAUUAAGUGAAAUUUUUAAAAUUAUUUAAAAAAAUCUCUUGAGGAGCAACAAUAAAAAACACUAAAAAAAUAAGAAAUUUGUGCAGCAUUUUGUAAAUUAUAAUUUGUAUAUACUAUGUUGGAAAUUGUGAAAAACGUAUUAACAGCAAUUGAAGAGAUUACAUUUACAAACAAAUUAAAUUAACAUAAAUCAAACAUUUGCGAAACAUCAAAAACCAAAACGUGAAAAUUCAAAAGGCCGUGGAUUAUUUUGAAUUUUUCAACGUUUUAAAUCACUAUAUGUUAGCAAAUAAAUUAACAAUUUGUAGAACAUAAAAAAUACAAAAAUAAUUAAUUUUAUUUAUUGUAUAAAAUUCAAAGAUAUUUAAAAACUCAAUUAAAUAGCAGCAAUACAACAACUAAAAACAUAUUUGAGUGAUUCAAUUAUUGACUGCUAAUUAAGUGACAAAACGUGCAUUACAUUGAAUCAGCCACAGCGUACAUACACACGCAUUUACAUAUGUACAUAUGUUAAAACUAGUGGGAUUGUGUAUUUUAUUUGCAUAAAAGUGAUAAAAAUUAAAAAAAUAAGCAAACAUCAACUGAAUGAAAAAUUUUGCAAAAUAUUUGUGUGAAAGACCAAAAGUGCAAUAAGCUAAACACUUAAAUAACAAUAAAAAGUGUAUGAAAAAAAAUUGCUAAACAAAUUUGUGUGUGCUUUUUUACAACUGAAAGAUUUUCUUCUACAUAAGUGGCAAGUGAGAAAAUGUUCUAUGUGAUUUAAAUUAAAAUUGAAUAAUUCAGUGACAAAACUGCUACAAGCACAUAGCCAAAGGCCAAAGCUAAAAAUCAAAACAAAUCAGCAAUCUGCCACAGUUGCAGCAACAACAACAGCAAUAAAAAUAAUUAAGUAGAAAUAAAUUGUGGUUUGCCUUGCAACAGACAAGAGCAGCAGCAGAAGCACCAGCGGCAGCGGCAGCCAACUAACAACAAAUUGCGAUUGCAGUGAUCUAUCACAGCAACAACAAACACACAAAAAACGACAAACGUUAAAACAAUCACGCAAGCAAACAAACACACACACACCCAAGCACGGCAGCCAAGUGGUUGAACAAGUUUUUCUGCGCUCUUAAAUAGCUGUGUAACGCUCUUAAGUUAAAUGCACACAAUAUAAAGCAAGAAAAAGUUAACAACUAAACGAUAAAGAACAAAAACCUCAAAGUGUAGCAAAUUUAAAGUAAUUUUCACGAUAAAAAAAUUAACAUUAAAAAAACGGCCUAGAAAUAACUAGCAUAUCGUUUUUGAAAGUCACUUAAGUUGCCCUUAACAGGCACACACACACAAGCGUACAAACGCUGGCCGUGGCGAAAAUUUUCUCAAAAACUUACUACAAGUCCACUCGAAGGGUGAAGUCUGUGACUUAGUGGCAAAUUACCACACGCUACGUUACUCAACUUCACUGCGCCAGACUCACCACACUCGACGAGUCGCCAACCACCACACAGCGUACAACACGGCGCAGCAGUGGAGCAGAAAUUUUGUGCGAGAAAUUCAAUUAAAAGUCAAAGCGAGUAAAGAAGUGGACACAACAACAAAGCAAUAAACAAACAACAAGCAACAACGCACACACUUACGAAGGUGAAGCAACAACACUUGUUGUUGUUAUUGUUAUUGUACAUUAAGCUACACGCAAUUAAAGCAAACGCAAUACAGCAAAAGUAACAGCAACACCAACUACAAACAACAACAACAAACAACCAAAGCAAAAUGACCUUGCCGACAACAACAACAGUAAACGGUUGCGACGACGAUUCGGAUAUGUUUGGCCCGCCACGCUCCUCACCCAUCGGCUAUCAUCAUCAUCGCUCGCGUGUGCCCAUGAUAUCGCCAAAGCUGCGUCAACGCGAAGAACGCAAACGCAUAUUGCAAUUGUGUGCGCACAAGUUGGAGCGUAUCAAGGAUUCGGAGACGAAUCUGCGCCGCAGCGUGUGCAUCAAUAAUACAUAUUGCCGUCUAACCGAUGAGCUGCGACGGGAGAAGCAGUCACGCUAUCUGGCGAAUUUGCCGAGAUCCGAGGUGAAACCGGAAAGUGCACGCGAUAACAUUUUCAAUCCAUAUAAUAGCUGCGGCAUUGACAACUCCAAUUAUCAGCCAUCGAACAAAUCCGCCUGCAAUGAAGUCGCUAACUCUGCAAACAACAACAAUGCUCUCAACAAUGUACGCACUCACAGCAGCACGGAGUGUGAACUGGUCUUCAGGGGCGAUGAAAAUAAUCUCAACUGCAGCAACAGCAACAAACUACACUCGUCCACCAACAGCGAUAUUGCCAACUCAUCAUCUCUCAAUGGCGACGUCAUCAACGCCAACAACAACUCCACCACCACCGCCAACAUCUCACAUGCGACUGCCAACCAUAGUACCGCCAACAAUGCCUCUUCCACCGCCACUUGCACGCACAACUCCACCGCUAAUUCGUCAACUCCAACACACACACGCAAACGUCAACUGUGCAGCAGCAAUCUCGACAAUGACCUAGAAAUACUCGACCGGGAAUUGAGCGAAAUCAAUGCGCCUAUGCCACUAAUUGACCCCGAGAUCACACAGGGUGCUGAGCAGCUGGAGAAAGCCAUCUCGUCGCGCAAGCGUUUGCGCAGCGAGGACGAAAGCGAUCGUUUAGUACGCGAAGCGCUCUCGCAAUUCUACAUACCGCAGCAGCGUCUCAUUUCCGCCAUCGAGGACUGUCCACUUGACGUGGUGAGCGUUGGCGGCGGCAUGGGCGUCGGCGUGGGCUUAGGCCUAGGCAUGGGUGUGGGUAUGGGCAUGGGUCCAAUGUCCCCGAGCAAACGUCAAAAGCUCGGCAAUGGCACUAACGAGCUCGAACUGGAGUUCGAUCUGAAUCAGAAUCAAAAGGAUUUUGAGGUAAUCAUGGAUGCACUGCGUUUGGGCACGCCAAGUCCAACACCGAGUGUGGGCAGCGACUCAUGCGGUCAGGCGGCGAUGAUGAGUGAAUCGGCCAGUGUGUUCCACAAUCUGGUGGUCACCUCAUUGGAGACAUGAAAGUAUCAGUAAAAGACAGACAACUUGCGAGUUGCGCAGGAUUAGCAUUGGGAAGAGAGAGUGAGAGUGAGAUGGAGAUUGGCGUAAGUCAAAAGCGAGAUUUAAGAUUAGGCGUGGAUGGUGGCGUAUUAAAUCUUCGGAACAGGUAUUAAAAUGGUGUACGCAGCAUGCUGUCAGCCUUUUCACACUGUGAAUUUAUGCGCGUCGAAUGCCAAUUAUGCCAAUAAAAAGCAUUUCUACGAACGCAACAUUAAGUUUAGCAAAAUGUUUGCAAACCCAACAUUGAAUAUUUAUGUUAGUUAAAAAACAUGCUUAAAUUAAAAAACAAAAAAAAACGUUAAAGUGGAAGCGGAAACGUACGUACAUAAUUUACAAAAACAAGAAAUUUGGCCAAACGCAAAACAAAUGUGAGAACCGGCCGCACACUUUUUGUAACUAAAAUAAAGUGAAAAACUCUUAAUUCUAAGUAUUUAGUAUUUAGCAUUUAGCUUAAGACAUUUUCCACAAAUAUGAUUAAUUUUUAAACAAGCAAAAAGGAUAACAAAAAGCAUAUACAAGUGCACAUAAAACAUAAUAUAUACAACAUUAUAUACAUACAUACAUGCAUACAUAUGUAUGUUCAUAAGUUAGACAUUAAGUAAAACUAAAUCAAAGAAAAUGUAGUCAAACAGCAGACAACAGACAUACAGACAUACACACUCUUAUAUAUAGAUGUAUGUAUGUUUGUAGCGCAAGCGAGUCAUGUGACAGUAAAAUAUGUAGAGAUCAAACAGCUAUUGAAGAGCAGCAACAGUUUGUAUUUUACAAAAGUUUUUUCAAAUUUCGCUACGACAACAGAAUCAAAAUUGCUUAACUUUAUUGAAAUUAUGCUUUCAACUGGAUCGCAAGCUACUUUUUGAUAGAGUAGACUCAGAAGUUUUGUCGAAAUACUUUCCAAAGCUUAUAUAAACGCUGAAUGAAUAUAUAUUUUUCUGCAAAACGCAAAGCGAUGUCAGUUUCCUAGUCAAAAUGCAAAUAAAGGAAUUUUUUCAGUUUUAUCAUGGUUUCACAUGGCACAGUGACAAACAAAGACAAUGCAAAGCAAAGAAAGUGCGUAAAUGAAAAAAAGCAAAUUGCAAAACAUUUACAACAAAUAACAAUAUUUUCAGUAAGCAUGUUAAAGGCAAUGGUGACCUUUUGACGGUCAAUGUUAUUGGAUAGUCUAAGUUUCUUACUGAUUUUGUUAUACUUGUUUUAUUGUUAAAUCAGUGAAGAAACAGAAACAAAAAUAAAAAAAUAAAUAAAAAUAAAAAUAAUCUAAAGCGCUUGCGCGGCAGAUUUCUCCCAUACAAGCCCAAUCAAGUUUCUGAGGACACUGUAAUUUUUCUAUAUUUUUUAUUUAAAAAAAUUCAUUUAUUUUCAUUUAUUUAAUUCGUUAUUAUUAUUUUCGUUUUUUUUAUAUUUUUUAUACAUUUAUAUAUUAUUAACUCUUUUUUUUUAAUUACAAGUCUACCAUUUGUAUGUUCUAAGUCCCUAUGUUCCAUCCAGGAACUAUGGAUUCUUUAGCUGGCAGCAAGUUUACUACAACACUUUAACACCACUUCAUUAAAACCAACUCGUAUCAACAACCCUACUCACAGUUUAAACUGCGAAACACUCAAAGAAGUUUUUAGCAAUGCAAAGCAAAAAGAAAUCAAUAAAUUUUCAUUUCAAAAGUGCAAUUAAAAAAUUUUUUUAUGAAACAAAAAUUUAGAAAUACAAAUUAAUGCAAAUUAUACACAAAAACGCCGUUAAGCCUAGACUUGCAACAAACAAACAAAAUGUAAAUGUAAACAAUGUAAAAGCUUUUACAAAAUUUUGUGUUAUUUUCAAUUGUUAAUAGAGAAAUAUGGCAUGUAUGUAUAAACAUUAAAAUUGUUGUAAUAGUUUAAAGAAGCAAACAAGUUUGUAAUAAAAAUAAUAGCAGAAAAACGGGUUGAAGAAAAUUUGUUUAUUUCAAAUAAUGGCUGUGAUAGUAUUAUUAAGUUAAUAUUAGUAAGCAAAACAGGCAAAACAUAAAAGGCAAAGCAAACAGAAAGAAAAAAUAAAAUUAAAAAAAAAACACAAAAACAAUUGUAAAAAUAAAAAUAGCAAAACAAAAAACAAACAAAAAAAUAAAAAAUAUACAUAUAUAUAAUAUUAAUUUAAAUAAAACUUUAGAUUUAAUUUAAAAUUAAAUUACUGAAACAAUGGAAAAGCAAAAUACUUAAUUUUUUAAGCUAAACAGUACACAAACGCAAGUAUUAUAAGUAAAAAAACAAAAACAAAAACAAAAAA